GGACAUCAGCUGAGAAAGUUGCAACAACCCUCCGCCUCGGCGGUCGCAAAGGGGUCCAGAGACAGGAGCUCACGCCCGCCCCAGUCGGUACCACUGUCUGUGUCACUAACCUAUUUUCCCGAUCUCCCGUGCGGUCAAGAGCCGCUGCAAGGGAUUCUGUAAAGAAUCUGAUGAAUAUAAAGAGGCUUCUUCAGUCCUACGCUCUUGCAAGGUACCAGAUUAAGCUACAGCUCAAGGUAUUACAGAGCUCUAUUCCGAUAUGGUCUUACGCUCCUAUACCCAACUCCGACGCCAGAGGGUCCGUCCUCCAACUUUUCGGAAUAGAUCUAGCAUCUCAGUGUGUAUCCCAGGUCUCUAUCCAAACUGGGCAGGAUGCUCAGCUCGCCAAUACCAGCCGUGGUCACUGUCCCACGUCCCGAGAUAUCAAUGACCCAAUAUUCGAGGCGGUUCUACCUAAACCUUGGGCCGACCCUCUGAAAAUUUCGAAGGGAGCGUUCUUUUCGGUAGACUCGCGCCCCCUCUCCUCUACUCGAGGGACGGCUAAAAAACUCCUAUCAAUUUUUCGUUCGUAUCUCGGCCGCUCCAUCCGAUUUCCAGACAACAACACGACAUUACGAGACCCAUUUAUUCGCUUGAACAUAGUGUGCGCACCAGGCAGCUAUGAUGUCAACGUUGAACCCUCAAAGGAUGAUGUGUUGUUCAACGAUGAGCAGCGUAUCAUCGACCGAUUUGAACACUUUCUCACGUUGAUAUAUAUGGCUCCUAGGGCUGCCCCUAACACUCAGCCUCCUAAACAUUCGAGGCAACUAAUUACUAACGUUAUUGGGGCCGAACCUCCCCAUGGCCCCAAUAAUAGUCCACCCCUUCAGCCAUCGAUGGACACGUGGAUCGUCGAUAUGUCCCCAAGCUUCGAUCGGCCAAGUGACGACAAGAGCGAAAAAGAAAAUCAUCAUCCCCCCCCCACAUUAACUAGCCAACCUACAGCAGACAUUACUUCAAGUGUCUCCGAAGUUAACAUUUCUGACCAUCUGAUGGAAGGGUUGAAUCCCUGGUCGAUUGCCAAGUUAGCCGCGCCUCGCCGACGUGAUGGGCCAAAUAGCAGCGAAUAUCUCAGACAGACUCGAAUUGUGCCUCGAGUGCCAGAUUCCGAAACUCUAUGUCCCGAUGACGCUAACAAUGCAUACACUUCAGCAAGACCAGCACGUCUCAGUCUCGGUCUCCCAUGGCGACAGCAGCAUCCCGCAGCUUCACCGACAUCGAGCAACUCAAUAUGUGUGGUUGGCCGAAGCACAUACCAGAAGGCGGCCAGAGGUUUGACAACCGUCUCAAAUGGGGGCAGUUCCCGAGAUCGAGAACGCAUCAACCCAAAAUUUCGAAACCCUCUACAAUCAUCUUCCGGCAAAGCACGACAGGCCCGAACACACCAGGACAGCGUAAAUAUAUACCCUAUCUGCGAAAAGACCUCUGGUGAGCUCGCCGAGACUCGGACCUCGUUCAGUGGUGGCAAUGCGCGAAGAAGGCAUGAUGAGGCACUCUGGGACCAUCACCCCCAAACAUCGGAGGCUCUGAGAUUUAAUGCCUCCAUCGAAGAUUCAGUAGCAAUACGUCGUCACGAUAUCGAACGACUUAGAAACUUUCCGGACAAGAUUCCACGCACAAAUUUCGAAUUCGGACGGGAAUCUACGCAGGCGCCGUCUCGCCAGGGACUUCACUCGUGUGACAGAUCGGAAAAUAUAGUCCCAGGUGUGUGUGUCAUGGCAACACAGACUAGCCUACCGAGAAUUGAUUCCGAAGUUCCUCGCCAACCGGAUCUCCCCACCCGUGAUUCGAGGGCGUACUUGAUUAGGAAGCAAAAGUCCAUGGAAAAUGACCCUGAGAAGAGGUCGGGACGUGUGAUGACAGAUUCACUACCGCUCGAAACAACACCAAAUAGUCACCAGACGCAAACCCUGGCCCUGACGAUAAAUAUCGUUUCGUGUAAUCUGGGGAGGUGGCUCGUGAGUGCAUCACAAUUUGACAAUUACGUGAGGCAUGGGACGUCAGAACAUGGCUUCAAAAUCGGAGGAAGUGUGUUUGAUAUAAAAAUGAUGGAGUCCCGGCUGCUGAAUCUUCUGGCUCUUCGGAACGAGGCCUGAAGUGGUCUUCAAGCAUCCUCGUCUCCUCACGACCUCGGCCGUGUUGCUUCUGUUCUAAUUUCUGCAACAGAAGAUAUGGAAAGAAAGCGGCUAUAAUAAGUCAUGAGGAUCAACAGAUUUGCACAAGAUCUUGCCGAGCUGUUGACGUCUGGAGGGCAGCGAGAGUUGGCAAGCUAAAUCGCUCAGCUAUGAAAACACAUGAGGUACCUUCCUUAGCUUACAUACCAUAGUUAUCGGAUAACAAGAACAACUCUAUAGACUUGCCAUUCUCAUCGACCGAAUGCAUUUACUACAUUAUCUAUUAGGGCGACGGUCUGUUAGAAGGGUCUUCACGGGUCAAAGUCCUAUGCUCUAGAUAGAUUCCCGUUUUUAAAAGAUAUUUUAUGUUACUA